CGUGGCAACUGCUAUGACAGCGUCAGCAUGGGUAGAAGACUGAAUCCCUCGCUCACAGCCCCUGCUCUUAUAGGCAUCCAGCGCACAUACUGUUCAGUAGACAGCAAGGGAAACACAGCCACUAGAGCAGAGUAACAAGAAAGGGGUGGUUAGGUUGCUAACAAUUUACAGAAAGAAAUCCACUGUCUGAAAUCAGUUGAAGUUGUUGCUUGUUUGAAUAGUUUCUUUUACCUUAAAAUUGAAAAGCGAGCUGAAACUGUUUCAAAUUUGCUAAGCCAAAGUUUGAGCCAAAGUUUGACAGUGUGAGUUAGUAUUUUAAAAAGGAGACUGUAUGGUAUAGUAUGUAUUUUAGUCUUUGGUGGAAUCAACAGGGGUUUGCAAAGCAAAAAGAGGGGAGAUUGAAUUGUACACAUGAAACCACGUCCCUCCUCAUCUGCUCAUCAUCUGACUCCCCUCUUCAACCUGACAUCAUCUCCCCAUCAGAAGAGGAGUGUAGAGGAGAGCAGUACUGUUCCAGCGCUGGCUCGUCAAGGCUGAGGAGGAGAAACUGACGACAGCGCGAACUUGGUCACUAGUGAGAUGCAACUCGGGGAGGGAACGCUCAACUGCCGUGGGGUAUGACAUCUGAUGAAAGAAUCCCUCGAAUUGGACAGCCUGGAAGACGAGCCAGCACUCUCCCUCAGAUCCCGUGCCCCCCCCACUGCCAAAGUAUGAAAGGAGACGACUUUUCCCUUAGUUGCCAGGGAUGUCUGUGCACUACGGAAAGGCGAAAAAUCACUCCAGUAUGUUCAAUGCUAUGUUCCUCCUGAUGCUCUGCAAGACGCUGAACCCGACUAGGUGUAGCUGGAGAGCCUGGAUGUGUUGUUCCAGACUGGUCUGAAAGGGAAACUGCAGACCUUUCCUGGAAAAAUGGUAAACACUGCCAUCUGUGAUGAAGAAAGAGGAAUUCAAGACAAGGAAGGUACAGAGGAGUCCAUUCUGGCCAUGCUUGGGAUCAUCGGCACCAUUCUCAACAUGGUAGUCAUCAUCUUUGUCUACAUCUACACCACUCUGUGACUGUGAUAAAAAUCAACUAUUUUGCAUUGAACAGGCCUAUUGGGCCUACUGGAUGCAGCCAUGUUGUUUGGCUGGGAGUUGAGACUGUGCCAAGAUGGCACUGUGUCGUCGAUCGACUUUCCCAACUAUCAAAGGGAUCUAAGGCUGUGUGAUUACCGCAUUAAAUGUAACCUACAGCAGCGUCAUAGAGCGGCGCUGAAACUAUGUCUAUGGGAGACUGGCCCGUUCUUAUGGGGCCUUUGUCCGGUGGUGUCAGUAUCAUACCUACUCUCUGAUGCUACUUUGACCUUUUAACCUGUAAAUAUGCAUGAGGCUAGCAAGAGCUACGCUCUCAAGAUCCAGCUUUCUUUCACGGGUGCCAAGCUGAGGAGAAAGUAAAGAGACUGCAAUCUGGUGUAAAAGGAGCUUAAAGCACUGCAGCAGUCUUUUGAAAAAGCCUGAUAAACAUUGUGAUAUUAAAAGGGAUGAUACAGCAUACCCAGAGAAUGGACAGAUGACAUUCUGGAGAAAAGGCAUUGUUAGUGCGAUCCGGAAUUCUUUGUACGUCCAUACCUUAAACCCCAACCCUAACCUUAACCCCCACCCUUACACUUACCUUAUUCAUACCCCUUACCUAACCCUAACCUUAACACUUGACCAUUUUACAUUUCAACUUCAACGAGGUAGGGACGUCCCAAGGAUCUCAGAUUGCAAUGACCAAAAAGGUAUGUACAGUAUGACUAAACGGAUCAUUUAGCCAAAACUGUUUUUACACGAGUACUAUCAUAUUGUAAAAAAAAAAGUUUUUACAGAAAAAUACUUUGAACUGAGUGUGUUUAGUGGGUAGGCAGUAGCAAUGUGUAAGUCAACCUGAGUUUAUGCUAUUUAUUGUCGUGUUCUGAUUUCUAUUUUCAGGAAAAAAUAUUUUGAACCAUGUUACUUUACAUAAUUUGUUUACUGUAAGUACAGUGAUAGAAAAGGAGACAACCAGUUUUGGAAAUAUCUCUAUUUUGGUAGUAGCAAAAUGAGGAGGAAAUGUUCCAUUUGUAAGAGUUCUUGUUAGUGUUGUUGAGAUGCAUUUUUUCAUGAGUAUCAAGAAACCAAGUGAAUGAAAUGAUGUUAAGUUUUGCUUUCUGGAGGUAGGUAGGUAUUUGGUGAAGUACGGCAUAGCAUCAAAUAUGAUCACAAACAGGUGAUCUUCAUAAGACAUGAGAGUGUCAAAAUUUGCAUUUCAAAUGGUGAUAUGGGAAAUAAUAUUAUUACAGUGUAAUCAAUCACUUUAUCUAAAUGUAUAAAGCUUUUACUGAGCUUCUGCGCUUCGAUUGAAUAGACUACGUUUUGUGUUGUCCCCUCCUUCAGGACUGUGUCAAGUAAGUAAUCAAAGGUAAACUUCUGCAUAUUGAUUGUGUUGCCUUGAGAUUAUAUGUACAGUGAAUUUAAAAGCACAAUUUAGAAAUGACUAUUCACAGUAUGUAUGAAUGUAUGGGCAAAUGUGUGUAAAGUAUGUAUGCUGCAGCCUAUAACCUCUUGUGAAUUUAAGAAAGUGCCUAAAUUCAAGUUCAGUAUCUCAAUCCCAUCGUUCAGAUCUCAAAGCAGAAGACGACAACAUACAAGGGGAUCUAUCGGCAAGACACCACACAGAGCAAGUCUGUGAAAGUGCUUCAUGGCUGUUUAACCUGCCCUAAUGGCUAUCUACAGUACAACAUCUCUAGAACGCUGGUAACUAAUUACAGAUAGUCCUUGCUCAAUGUAUUAUGAUACCCUCCAUCAUCUUUAUAUCUACUCUUGAUUUCCAUUAGGAGCAAUUAUUAAAUGUUCAAAAUUAGUCCCAAAGGUGACGUGUUCCUAUUCCAUUUACUCCAGAAUUGGCAGACUUGAAUGGGAACAGUAGUGGAGUAAGUACAUGGACAGUGUUGAGAAUGUACACCACCAUUCAAAAGUUUGGGGUCAAUUAGAAAUGUCCUUAUUUUUUAAAGAAAGGCAACUUUUUUGUACAUUAAAAUAACAUCAAAUUGAUCAGAAAUACGGUGUAGACAUUGUUAAUGUUAUAAAUUACUUUUGAAGCUGGAAACCCCAGAUUUUUAAUGGAAUAUCUACAUAGGCGUACAGAGGCCCAUUAUCAGCAACCAUCACUCCUGUGUUCCAAUGGCACGUUGUGUUAGCUAAUCCAAGUUUAUCAUUUUAAAAGGCUAAUUGAUCAUUACAAAACCCUUUUGCAAUUAUGUCAGCACAGUGGAAAACUGUUGUGCUGAUUUAAAGAAGCAAUUAAACUGGCCUUCUUUAGACUAGUUGAGUAUCUGGAGCAUCAGCAUUUGUGAGUUCGAUUACAGGCUCAAAAUGGCCAGAAACAAAGAACUUUCCUCUGAAACUCGUCAUUCUAUUCUUGUUCUGAGAAACGAUGGCUAUUCCACGUGAGAAAUUGCCAAAACACUGAAGAUCUUGUACAACACUGUGUACUACUCCCUUCACAGAAUAGCGCAAACUGUCUCUAAUCAGAAUAGAAAGAGGAGUGGGAGGCCCCGGUGAACAACUGAGCAAAAGGACAUGUACAUUAGAGUGUCUAGUUUGAGAAACCGAAGCCUCACAAGUCCUCAACUGGCAGCUUGAUUAAAUAGUACCCGCAAAACACCAGUCCCAACGUCAACAGUGAAGAGGUGACUCCGGGAUGCUGGCCUUCUAGGCAGAGUUGCAAAGAAAAAGCCAUAUCUCAGACUGGCCAAAAAAAAGAAAAGAUUAAGACGGGCAAAAGAACACAGACACUGGAGAGAGGAACUCUGCCUAGAAGGCCCGCAUCCCGGAGUGGCUUCUUCAUUGUUGACAUUGAGGCUGGUGUUUUGCGGGUACUAUUUAUUGAAGCUGCUCAAUGUACACAGUAAAGUGCGUGUUAGUCCAGGAUGAGUCUUUAUCUGCGUCUGGGAAACUGUCCUGCAAAGCCCAUUACACAUAGUUUAAUGGGUAAUAUUGGAAGAAGUACUUUCAAUACUGGAAAAUUUCCAAACAUUCUCAGAUCUUAUCUUCCUUUUUUUUCAUGUCUAAGAUGCAGAGUUUUUUUGCGUGCCGUUUUGUUAAAAAUAAUGAAAUAAAUGGCACACAGUGUUUCCUUUGAUUAUCUUCAAGGAUCAUGGCCUAAGGUAUAAAAAUAUAUUCAGUCAGACUUACAUUUGGAAUCUUUCAUAAGUGGUACUGUAUGUCUUUUUUAAAAGACUCAUCUUUCUGAAGAAUAUCUGGAGUUUCUGACAUUGUUUGAAGUUGAGAGAUCGUUUAGUGAUGUUUGGGAAAUGAUUUACAACUGAAAGUGAAAGGCACUCACAAUCACUCUCAACAGAGAGCUCUGAAGAAAUAACUUAUUCCCUACUGACAGUCAGACAGAGAUAAAUACGCUUAUUUCAAGUGAGAGAGAAAAUUGAAUUUAGAGCUGACAGCGUUUCACACAACGAGACAGACUUCUCUGUCAAAUUCCAAAUCAAACUGAAAGACAGAAAAAAAGAAAAGACACAAAGCAUGGUGGACAAAGAGACCAAAACAAGUUUCUUUUUUAUUUUGUCUACUCGUUGUAUGAAUCAUUUAGGUCAUAUAUGUGCCAAAAUAAUUUCUCCCUCUAUUGGGAAUACACUGGAAUUCCAUACAGACUGGGAUAAUCCUGUUCUGGAAAAAAGAAAGAAAAGAAAAACAGUUUAACACAUUAUUUGAAUAUAUUGGAUUUGGCAGCAAACCAAGUAAACAAUGUUGUUUGAAGAUGCACAGCUGCUUAAAUUCAACCAAGCUUUCAGCUAUGGUUUCACCUGGAGACAGCAGCCAACAGCCGCAGUUCAUUUCCCUUUGAAGCUGGGAGAUACUUCCUGAACAAUGGGUGGAAGACUGCAACGUACAAAAGAGAGAUGAUUCAGAUUCAGUCAAACUCAUUGUCCAAGUACUGAGCAUUUUUAUGUUUUACUAUAGAUGUUUAAAGGGGCAGUGCAGCUAAAACGUGAUUAUGUUUUUUUUCUCCACACUAUGAGGUCAAAAUAACACUCUGAUAUUGUGAAAAUUAUGAUCAUGCCCUUUUGUGUAAAAGCUGUUGACCCACAUCGUGAUGUCACAAUGUGAUCUGAUUAUAAUAGACCAAUGACUGUUGAUCUGGGUCAAUAAGGGUGUGGGCUCUAGACCACCUUAUCAGACAAUCAGGGCUGUGAAUGUAAAUAUUUUCAGAGUUGUCUUCAUAACACCCACACAACAAGACUGAGAAUUUCAAGGACCAACGGAGGCUCAGGGAAAUAAAUGAUAAAAUAUAUAUUUUGUUAUUUUUCUAAAAAAACAGAGAGUGAUUUAUUAGACAUACAGUGGGGCAAAAAAGUAUUUAGUCAGCCACCAAUUGGGCAAGUUCUCCCACUUAAAAAGAUGAGAGAGGCCUGUAAUUUUCAUCAUAGGUACACUUCAACUAUGACAGACAAAAUGAUAAAAUAAAUUCCAGAAAAUCACAUUGUAGGAUUUUUUAUGAAUUUAUUUGCAAAUUAUGGUGGAAAAAAAGUAUUUGGUCAACAACAAAAGUUUAUCUCAAUACCUUGAGCAUGGCUGAGGUGCACCUGUGACCAGCUCGGAAACCGGAUUGCACAGCGGAGAAGGUACGGUGGGAUUCGAAAUGGUCAGUGGUCUAAUUAUUAGCUUGGCUUUUGAAAACUUUAGAAAGGCAGGGCAGGAUGGAUAUAGGUCUAUAACAGUUUGGGUCUUAGAGUGUCACCCCCUUUGAAGAGGGGGAUGACUGCGGCAGCUUUCCAAUCUUUAGGGAUCUCGUACGAUAAGAAAGAGAGGUUGAACAGACUGGUAAUAGGGGUUGCAACAAUGGCGGCGGAUCAUUUUAGAAAGAGAGGGUCCAGAUUGUCUAGCCCAGCUGAUUUGUAAGGGUACAGGUUUUGCAGCUCUUUCAGAACAUAUGCUAUCUUGAUUUGUGUGAAGGAGAAGCUGGGGAGGCUUGGGCAAGUAGCUGCGGGGGGUGCGGAGCUGUUGGCCGGAGUUGGGGUAGCCAGGAGGAAAGCAUGGCCAGCCGUAGAGAAAUGCUUAUUGAAAUUUACGAUUAUCGUGGAUUUAUCGGUGGUGACAGUGUUACCUAGCCUCAGUGCAGUGGGCAGCUGGGAGAAGGUGCUCUUAUUUUCGAUGGACUUUACAGUGUCACAAAACUUUUUGGAGUUAGAGCUACAGGAUGCACAUUUUUAUAGAAUUGCUACUUGUGUAUUUUGCUCUAAAAUCAUUACACUAAUUGUAAAUUGUAGAAAUAGUAAUUAAAAUCCCUAUUUUGGUAUUUCAGAAGUUUAGAAGUUAAACGUAUUGCUUUUCGGCAUAAAAACCCAUCAGGCAAAUAAAAAGCUGCCAGAAAAGGUAUUUAAAAAAACAUACAUGCAGGUGUAAAUAAAAUAGGUCAGUGUUAUUCCCGGAUCCUUAGGACGUCCCUACCCUAAACCCUAACCCUAACUUUAACCCCUACCCUAACCAUAACCACAACCAUAACCCUUACCUAACCUUUACCUUAACCAUUUAAAAUGUAAACUUCAAUGGAGCAGGGACCUCCCAAGAAUUCCGGAUAGCAUAGACCAAAUAAAAUAUGACUUCGAAUUCAGAUUAUGACAUUCAACUAAGAAUACUUAACUGGCAAGAUACUGUACAUCAAAGUGGUGCCUACUUUUCCAUUGCAGGAAGGAUAUGCUAAAACGAGGAGGAAUGACCUUUAUUAAAUUACAUUCUGGCUCUGCAACAAGGCUGAUAGAGGGUGUUGAAAGCACUGUAUGAAAACUGUUUGGAUAAUUUCAAGACGGCUCUUUUAACAUGAGUGAGUCCUGACUAUGAUUAAUUAUGCUAAUAUUUACUUAGGGCCUGGUGUUACAGAAGAGCAUGAUUAAAUAGCCUUUUUGUCAUCCGUCAGCCUAGUUUUGCCUUUAAUCCUAGAUCUUCCCAAAUGCUGUGUUAGCCAACUGGAACGCUUUAAGAUGGAUGAUUUUCACUUGGACUACAUGUUGGCAUGGAAUAAGUCGCAAUCCCUCAGCUAUAGCUGUUUUGGAGUGUUACAGAAUUGUCCUCCAUCUACAUAUGCUUGCAGUACACUCAGGUUUUCUUGCAUCAUUGUGUCCCGCCACCCGCCACCCCCCACCCGCCAACCCCUCUUUUACGCUGCUUCUACUUUCUGUUAAUCAUCUAUAGAUAGUCACUUUAACUAUACCUACAUGUACAUAUUACCUCAAUUAGCCCGACAAACUGGGCCCCCGCACAUUGACUCUGCACCAGUACUGUAUAUAGCCUCGCUACUGAUAUUUCCACUGUCAUUUUACUGUUGUUUAGCUAAUACCUAUUUUUAAAUCAAAAUUGCACUGUUGGUUAGGGGCUUGUAAGUAAGAAUUUCACUGUAAGGUCUACGCCGAUUGUAUUCGGCGCACGUGACAAAUAAACCUUGAUUUGAUGUCUGCAUUGCUGCAUUUCA